AUGGACUCCAUGAUCAAAAUCCCAGGAUCAUACCCUCGUGACCACCGCUCAAGCCCCCCGAUCGUGAAUAAACUCAUCAGUAAUAGCGGUGCACAACAAUCCACAGAAUUCACUCCUCAGGUCACAACAGCCCUGCUCUCAAAAUAUGAUGCUCGCGUGUCGCGCGAAACUGCGCGUAGCAUAUUUAAUCGGCAGUCGGAUACCGUCGAUAUGAUUUUCGAGUGUUUGAGUGGCAUCGUGGGAGGUGUUUGGAACGUUGUACGUUCUAUUGUAUGUGCUUUGUACUCUGGGUUCCGGGACAGCACAUCUCAGUCCGCUGGAAAGGACCUGGACCACGAAACAGCCGCCAAGAUGCUCAAACCUAUACUCCUCUUGCUUGCAGCUUACGAAGCAGCCCAGAUGUACUCGAUCACUACAGAUGGAGAAGUCCUGAAUGGGGAGAUCACGGCUCAUGCUUGGGGACAUGAUUAUGGGUUUGCUCGGACGUUGAGGCGAUAUGAUGAUUCGUUGGUGCGUGCAGAAGAUCAAUUCUCCAUGACGUUGGAUAGGGUUGUAUGUGCAAUGGGACGCAGUCAUAAUAAGUUGACCUACAUUAUGGCCACGGCUGUGUUAACUGAAUGCAUCUGCAAUAUUCUACAAGUUGGAAGUUGCUACGGAUUGGCGGUUAUGAUGGCGUGUAUUCUUGCUGUUCUGUUUGCGGCAGCGGAGGAUUAUGUUGGUUGUUCGGCUACAUCUACCUCUGUGGAAGAGGAUCGUGAGGUGAUGCUUCGGGAUGUGAUGAUCGGUGCGUUGAAGAAGGGUGGUAUUCGCUAUGCUGAAGUUCGGAGUAUAUCGGCAUCACGAACGCAUAGUGCUAGUGAUACGGAUGUGCUUGAAAAGUACCUUAUCAAGGGGUUGAAGGCACCCACGACUGGAACCGUUCAUGAUGUAUAUGUGACACAUUAUAAUCAUGGGAUGGUUGUCGAGCGAUUUACCCCCGAAGAAGACACAGUAUCCCCCUCCAGCCCUGCUGAGUCUUCUAACAGUGAUCACGACGGAUACAAAGUCUCCUACGGCCUUCGGUACUUGGCGGAGGUGAGCCCGCAAGACCAACAAGCCAUAGCAAAGGGCAUUGGUAGAUCAUGGACCUGCUUGGACCAGACCAGCACCAUGAUCUUGACCGAGUGUGACAUCUCUGACGAGCACGCGGACUUUUACUUCGACUUUGAUGCACGGAGUGACGACGACGAUGUACACAACGAAGAGAAGGGGGACAUUGAGAUCGCCGGCUCGUUGAAUGGUUUCCUAUAA